AUAUGUUGAUGGUACUUGAAGGGCAAUUUGGGAAAGACGAAAUUGAUAUAAUCUCUUAUAACAAGAUAAAGACUGCAUGGUGUAAGAAGUUUACAUCAAACUUACAUCAAGUACAUGAUUACCCCCUAACCUACAAAACCUAUCUCAGUCUAGCAAAAAUUCAAAAUACACAAAACUCACCGGAGACUCACAAACCGUCAAAUUCUUCAAAAAUUCCUAAAACUCUCUCUCUCUCGUAGUUCAACAAACCUCUGAAAUUAACCCCAAAAUCACCUGAGAUUCACGCUCCGGCAUUCAUCUUCAUCACUGAGUCUCUUGAAUAUUCAUCAAUCGACGCAGAUUUUCCAACAAUCACCGAAGAAAAGAACGUUCGCCGGAAUAAUUAGGGUUCCGGUACGUCGUUUCAGGAUCCGUUGUGACAGCUAAAAAUAGCAAAACAAAUCCGACAAUAAAAAUGACCACAGCUAAAAAGGUUCGUCAUACCCCGAUGGUUGAGAAGCGCAAAAACAGGCAACAAAUAUUGACACCGGAUACUAAUACAUGCGGACCAGCAAUGCGGACAAGGGGGGGUAGAAAAGUUAAGGAUGCACAUUGUGAGGAGAAGGUACGCAGGAGAAAGCUAAUAAUUUUACCAGAUAGUGACUUGGACACUCCGAUGGAAAACAUUGAGAAAAGAAAAAAAGGCGAGGGCGAUCAGGACGGGUCGGCGACACGCACAAGAGGAGCUCAGCGAUGGCGUGAAGAUAGCAAACCAAAGAAAAAUGUCAAAAGGAAACUAAUAACAGAUGGUGACUCACAGAUGAGUGCAGAUACAGCUCUACCAAAACAGGAUGCAAUUGCUGUUAAAAAAACAAAAAAAGUAAAACAUGAUCGGGUGGAAACCCGAAGUGGCAAACACGCAAAAACGACGCAUAAGUGGCCUAAACUAAAAACACGUUCGUCACCUAUGCAGUUGUUCAAAUGCAUCAAGUCUCUAACGAGGAACCAACAAGAAGACGUUAAUAGGAUGGGUUUUGGAAAAAUGUUGUCAUUCAACAUCAGUGGGAUACCUCUAAAAAUUGCCCACUAUGUUGUGGACCACUUUAACCCACAAGAAAUGGCUAUUGAAUUGCCAUGUGGGUCAAUAGAUGUUGAUGUUCAGUCUGUCCAUGACCUUCUAGGGAUUCCUAAGAAGGGCAUAGACAUGCAAAAUGUACGAACAAAUUCAAAGCUUGAUGUUGCUGUUGAAGCAUGGAGAAAACGAUAUCGUAAACGAUUUGUGGCACCAACAAACCUGGCACGAUCUAUACUCACAAGUGAUGAAGCCAACAGUUUUCAUUUCCGACUGGACUUCCUGAUGUUAUUCUUAACCGUCAUGGUUGAGUGUAACAAAAAUGGGCGAAUGAAAGAGUGGAUUUUGAAAACUUUUACAGGAGACACGGAUUUUAGUAAAAUCAAUUGGUGUGCCUAUCUGAUCCAACAAAUCAAAUCAUGUAAAGAUGGCUGGAAGAGUUCUGAUCCUGAAUCUCCAUUUUCUGGACCACUCACACUUUUGGCUGUAAGUGGCCUGUUUAACAAAACUUACUAA